AUGACUCGUCACUCAGGUGUCAUCCACAAAGCAGGCAUCAGCACCCCGAGAAUGAGCGCAGACCAUAAAAGGAAUCUUAUUAGUGGUGUGGAAAAGCAGCAGGCCUGGCUGAGGUCCUACACUUUGCUGGUGGAGGCGUGGGAUUCCAGUAACGACACUAUCCAACCUGACAGCAUCAUUGAAAAAGCAUCUCACUCGGGCAUGAUCAACCCCAGCCGGCAGUGGCAGACACUGAAGCAGAACACAGGCGUCGCCCACUUUGAGUACCAGAUCCGCGUGACCUGUGAUGACUACUAUUAUGGCUUUGGCUGCAAUAAGUUUUGCCGUCCUAGAGAUGACUUCUUUGGACACUAUGCCUGUGACCAGAAUGGCAACAAAACGUGCAUGGAAGGCUGGAUGGGCCCAGAGUGUAACAAAGCUAUUUGCCGACAGGGCUGUAGUCCAAAGCAUGGAUCUUGCAAAGUUCCGGGUAACUGCAGGUGCCAGUAUGGCUGGCAAGGCCUGUACUGCGACAAGUGUAUCCCACACCCGGGAUGUGUACAUGGCACUUGCAUCGAGCCCUGGCAGUGCCUCUGUGAAACCAACUGGGGCGGCCAGCUGUGUGACAAAGAUCUCAAUUACUGUGGGACUCAUCAGCCCUGUCUCAACGGGGGAACUUGUAGUAACACAGGUCCUGACAAAUAUCAGUGUUCCUGCCCUGAGGGGUAUUCAGGACUUAACUGUGAAAUUGCUGAGCACGCCUGCCUCUCUGAUCCCUGCCACAAUGGAGGCAGCUGCAAGGAGACCUCCCUGGGGUUUGAGUGUGAAUGCUCUCCAGGCUGGACUGGACCCACAUGCUCCACAAACAUUGACGAUUGUUCCCCAAAUAACUGUUCCCAUGGGGGCACCUGCCAGGACAUGGUUAACGGAUUUAAGUGUGUGUGCCCUCCGCAGUGGACUGGCAAGACAUGCCAGUUAGAUGCAAAUGAAUGUGAGGCCAAACCUUGUGUAAAUGCCAAAUCCUGUAAGAAUCUGAUCGCAAGCUACUACUGUGAUUGCCUACCAGGCUGGAUGGGUCAGAAUUGUGACAUAAAUAUAAAUGACUGCCUCGGUCAGUGUCAGAAUGAUGCCUCCUGUCAGGACUUGGUUAAUGGUUAUCGCUGUAUCUGUCCACCUGGCUAUGCAGGCGAUCACUGUGAGAGAGACAUUGAUGAAUGUGCCAGCAACCCGUGUUUGAACGGGGGCCACUGUCAGAAUGAAAUCAACAGAUUCCAGUGUCUGUGUCCCACUGGUUUCUCUGGAAACCUCUGUCAGCUGGACAUAGAUUACUGCGAGCCCAACCCCUGCCAGAAUGGGGCCCACUGCUACAAUCGGGCCAGUGAUUACUUCUGCAAGUGUCCCCAGGACUAUGAGGGCAAGAACUGCUCGCACCUGAAAGACCACUGCCGUACAACCCCCUGUGAAGUGAUUGACAGCUGCACCGUGGCCAUGGCUUCCAACGACACGCCUGAAGGGGUGCGAUAUAUCUCUUCUAACGUCUGUGGUCCCCACGGGAAGUGCAAGAGCCAGUCGGGAGGCAAAUUCACCUGUGACUGUAACAAAGGCUUCACGGGAACGUACUGCCAUGAAAAUAUUAAUGACUGCGAGAGCAACCCCUGUCGAAACGGUGGCACUUGUAUCGAUGGUGUCAACUCCUACAAGUGUAUCUGCAGCGAUGGCUGGGAGGGAGCCUAUUGUGAAACCAAUAUUAAUGACUGCAGCCAGAACCCCUGCCACAAUGGGGGCACAUGUCGAGACCUGGUCAAUGAUUUUUACUGUGACUGUAAAAAUGGGUGGAAGGGAAAGACCUGCCACUCACGUGACAGCCAGUGUGACGAGGCCACAUGCAACAACGGCGGCACCUGCUACGAUGAAGGGGAUGCUUUUAAGUGCAUGUGUCCCGGUGGCUGGGAAGGAACAACCUGCAACAUAGCCAGGAACAGUAGCUGCCUGCCCAGCCCCUGCCAUAACGGGGGCACCUGUGUGGUCAAUGGCGAGUCUUUUACGUGUGUCUGCAAAGAAGGCUGGGAGGGACCCAUCUGCACACAGAAUACCAAUGACUGUAGCCCUCACCCCUGUUAUAAUAGCGGCACCUGUGUGGAUGGGGACAACUGGUACCGGUGUGAGUGUGCACCAGGUUUUGCUGGACCGGACUGCAGAAUAAACAUCAAUGAAUGCCAGUCUUCACCUUGUGCCUUCGGGGCGACUUGUGUGGAUGAGAUCAAUGGCUACCGGUGUGUCUGCCCCCCAGGCCAUAGUGGCACCAAAUGCCAGGAAGUUUCAGGAAAACCUUGCAUCACCAUGGGGAGCAUGAUACCCGACGGCGCCAAGUGGGAUGAGGACUGCAACACCUGCCAGUGCCUGAAUGGGCGGAUUGCCUGCUCCAAGGUCUGGUGUGGCCCUCGACCUUGCCUGCUCCACAGAGGGCACAGUGAGUGUCCUGGUGGGCAGAGCUGCAUCCCUAUCCUGGAGGACCAGUGCUUCGUGCGCCCCUGCACUGGUGUGGGUGAAUGCCACUCUUCCAGUCUGCAGCCAGUGAAGACCAAGUGCACCUCGGACUCCUACUACCAGGAUAACUGUGCAAACAUCACAUUCACCUUUAAUAAGGAGAUGAUGUCACCGGGUCUUACCACAGAGCACAUUUGCAGUGAACUGAGGAAUCUGAAUAUUUUGAAGAAUGUGUCUGCCGAGUAUUCAAUCUACAUAGCUUGUGAGCCCUCCCCUUCAGCAAACAAUGAAAUCCAUGUGGCCAUUUCUGCUGAAGACAUACGAGAUGAUGGAAACCCUAUCAAGGAAAUCACGGACAAAAUAAUUGAUCUUGUUAGUAAACGUGAUGGAAAUAGCUCACUUAUUGCUGCUGUCGCAGAAGUGAGAGUUCAGAGGCGGCCUCUGAAGAACAGGACGGAUUUUCUGGUUCCUCUGCUGAGCUCUGUCUUGACGGUGGCUUGGAUCUGUUGCUUGGUGACGGCCUUCUACUGGUGUGUGCGGAAGCGGCGGAAGCCAAGUAGCCACACGCUCUCCGCCUCUGAGGACAACACCACCAACAACGUGCGGGAACAGCUGAACCAGAUCAAAAACCCCAUUGAGAAGCAUGGAGCCAACACAGUCCCCAUCAAGGAUUAUGAGAAUAAAAACUCCAAAAUGUCUAAGAUAAGGACACACAACUCGGAAGUUGAAGAGGAUGACAUGGAUAAACACCAGCAGAAAGCCCGGUUUGCCAAACAGCCAGUGUACACGCUGGUAGACAGAGAGGAGAAGCCCCCCAAUGGCACACCGACUAAACAUCCAAACUGGACAAACAAACAGGACAACAGGGACUUGGAGAGUGCCCAGAGCCUAAACCGGAUGGAGUACAUCGUAUAGCAGACAGCGGGCACUGCCACCGUUUAGGUAGAGUCGGAGGGCACUUGGGGCUUGUAGUUCUUUAAACUAUUGUUACACUCGAGUCCAAGGCUGUUGUUGACUUAGGAUCCCUGUGUUAAUUUAAGUUUCGACAAGCUGGCUUACACUGGCAAUGGUAGUUUCUGUGGUUGGCUGGGAAAUCGGGUGCUGCGUCUCACAGCUAUGCAAAAACUAGUGGCAAGUGCGCCAGGUGUGUGCCACAUCCCCAGCUGCCAGCACCUGGCCCUCAGGCUCCUAGGACAAUGCCUGGGCCCCCAGUUCCUGAGCUUCCACUUCUGCCAGUCGUCCUAAUGGUGAUGCAGUCUUAGGAUCAUAGUUUUAUUUAUAUUUAUUGACUCUUGAGUUGUUUUUGUAUAUUGGUUUUAUGAUGACGUACAAGUAGUUCUGUAUUUGAAAGUGCCUUUGCAGCUCAGAACCACAGCAACUAUCACAAAUGAGUUUAUUUAUUUUUUUUAUUGUAUUUUUGUUGUUGUUGGGGGAGGGGGGACCCUGAUGUCAGCUGUUGCUGGUAAAAUGAAGAAUUUAAAGAGGAAAUGUGUCAAAAGUAGAGUUUUUGUAUAGUUAUGUAAAUAAUUCUUUUUUAUUAAUCACUGUGUAUAUUUGAUUUAUUAACUUAAUAAUCAAGAGCCUUAAAACAUCAUUCCUUUUUAUUUAUAUGUAUGUUUAGAACUGAAGGUUUUUGAUAGCAUUGUAAGCGUAUGGCUUUUUUUUUUUUUUGAACUUAUUUUCUCAUUACUUGUUGUCUAUAAGCCAAAAUUAAGGUGUUUGAAAAUAGUUUAUCUUAAAACAUUAGGAUGGGCUACUGGGCCCAGGAUACUGAUACUGAUGGAAUUUUUUUUGUACGACGUCAGAUGUUAAAACACCUUCUAUAUAGCAUCACUUUAAGACACGUUUUAAGGACUGACUGAGGCAGUUUGAGAAUUAGUCUAGAACAGGUUUUUUUUUUGUUUUUUUUUUUCCUCUGCUUUAGACUUGAAAAGAAGAAACAGACAGGUGAUCUGCUACAGAGCAGUUUAAGGGAACAAGUUGAACUAUGACUUAACGUAGCCAAAAAUGUGAGUGGUUGAAUAUCAUUAAAAAUAUCCAAUUAAUUGUGUGAAGUUGGAAGCACACCAAUCUUAUUUUGUAAAUUGUGAUUACUUUUCACCAUUCGUAUGUAAUACUGAACCACUUGUAAAUUUGAUAUUUUUUUGUUAUCUACUGCAUUUAGGGAGUAUUCUAAUAAGCUAGUUGAAUACUUGAAGCAUAAAAUGUCCAGUAAGAUCACUGUUUAGAUUUGCCACAGAGUACACUGCCUGCCUUAAGUGAGGAAAUCAAAGUGCUAUUACAAAGUUUAAGAUCAAAAAGGCUUAUAAAACAGAGUAAUCUUGUUGGUUCACCUUUGAGACCGUGAAGAUAACUUUGUAUUGUCCUAUUAGUGUUAUAUGAACAUAAAAAUGCAUCUUUGAUGUGUUGUUCCUGGCAAUAAAUUUUGAAAAGUAAUAUUUAUUAAAUUUUUUGUAUGAAAACA